UCUCAGAGAGCUAGACAGAUCUAUAACAGUUAUUUAUCCAGUAAGGCCACUACGCCGGUCAACAUUGACAGUCAGGCCCAGCUGGCAGACGAUAUCCUCAACGCUCCCAGACCAGACAUGUUUAAGGAACAACAACUACAGAUCUUCAACCUGAUGAAGUUUGACAGCUAUACUCGGUUCCUGAAGUCCCUCCUGUAUCAGGAAUGUAUGUUAGCGGAGGUGGAGGGGAGGCCUCUACCAGACCCCUACCACAUACCCAGCUCUCCUACCUCCAAACACAGUACCGGGUCAGAUAGAUCCACACCCAAGAAGGAGGACAAGAAGACUAAGUCGGGCCGCUCUCUGAACGAAGAGAGAGAGAGGGAUGAGUGCGGAGGAGAUAAGAAGAAAGGCAUGUUCUUUUCGUGGUCACGGAACCGGAGCUUCGGGAAAGGCCCCAAGAAACGGGAUCUGGCAGACAUCAACUACAACUUCUCGGGCAGUAACGGGCGUCGGGAAUCACAAGGCUCUCUGUCAUCCGGAGCCAGUCUGGAACUGGGAACGUCCGGAUCUGGAAAGAACGAGGGUGGUUCUAUGGAGAGAGACAGAGAGCGAGGCGGUGACUCUGUAACCCUGAGACAGUGUAACAUCAACCUCCCAGAUGGGACAUGUUGCUCUGUGCCGGUCAGAGCUGGGUUCUCCAUCAGAGAGCUGCUGGUGGGUCUCUGUGAGAAACUCUGUAUCAACGUGGCAGCUGUAGACCUCUUCCUAGUCGGAGGGGAGAAGCCUCUGGUUCUGGAUCAGGACUGUAUGACUCUGUGCUCUCGGGACCUCAGACUGGAGAAACGGACUCUGUUCAGACUGGACUUGGUUCCUAUAAACAGGUCAGUGGGUCUGAAGGCUAAGCCCACUAAGCCGGUGACGGAGGUUCUGAGACCUGUAGUGGCCAAGUACGGCCUCCAGCUGAACGACCUGGUGGCCCGCAUCAGUGGGGAGAAGGAGCCUCUUGACCUGGGUCUCCCCAUCUCUAACCUGGAUGGACUGAGAGUGGUGCUGGAUGUAGCGGACAAGACACCUGGGAAGGACAAACCGAUAGGGGCUCAGUCUAAAACCCAGGCCCCGCCCCCUACGACUAGGAACCAAUCAGCUACGGGGGAUGAGAGGGCGUCAGGGAGGCCCAGCGCGGCGCUCGGCAACGGAAACAAGCCCUCCUCCUCUGCCCGUGACGACCGCCUCUUACCCAGCAGCCACCGCAAGACAGCGGCGCCAAAUAAAGCCCCGCCCACUGAAAAGAGAAAGCAGAAAAAGAUUACUGUAGACGAAGCUGAAGAGCUCUUCCAGCUCAUAUCCAAAGCUCAGUGCAGCAGAGCAGACGACCAGCGAGGUCUGUUAGACAAGAGUGACCUGACACUUCCCGACUUCCUCCGCCUCAGCCCUUCAUCACCACCCCUUCCUCUUCCUCCCACCUGCGUCACCCAGCAUGGCCGCGGCGGUGGUAACCAUGGCGAUAGCGACAACUACGGCUACGGGGAAAACAGACGUCACGGCAACAAGGAAGGUGGAGGCGGUGGCUCGUUCCCUUUGAACACUGGCGGCCAAUCACAGAGCUUGGAAUCCUCGCUCGGAACGGGAGGAGGAGGAGGAGGGGGAAGACGAGCGCUCCUCCCCCCCUCCCACCACAACAGACCCCCUCCCCCGUUACAAGAGGAACCCCUAGCUGACCUGACCCUGGUGGGAGAAGGAGACAUCAACAGUCCUAACUCCACUCUCCUAACCCCACACCACUCCUCCUCCGCUACCCAUAACCCACCACGCUUCUCCCAACACGACCUCCACAGCUCGCCCUGCUCAGGCCAAGACAGGGAUAGAGACGGAGACCAGAGGAGAGAGAGGGACAGAGGAGGCUGUUUCAAAUCUCACCAUAAGAGGGCGCCACCACCUCUCUCAAAACCCCCUCCUGCUGCUCCUGCUCCUCCUCGCUCUCGUAAAUCCAAAUCGCCCUCGCGCCCCAACCGAGCCAGGCUAGAUGUGGAUCGGGUUGAAACCAACUCCACACCUGAAGAUUCCGGGAGGUUCCGGGACCUCCGAGAUUCCAAGCUGGGACAGAACAGUGAGGGCGUGGCCUCGGAACUCUGCCGCCGUGGCGGCAGGGUGAGGACGGGCGUGUACCAGACGUCAGAACUCCCGUCAUUGGUCAGCGCUAAGAGACAACCAGAGCAGAGACGGAUUGGCAGAAGCCUAUCGGGAGAGAGACAAGGCGCGGCGGACAGAAGCAGGUUUAAGGCCACAUUUGUCUGAGAGUUAGAUUCUGUAGAACCGACUCCCUGGUCAAAGACAUCCUUUAAUGAACACAUUUGUCUGAGAGUUAGAUUCUGUAGAACCGACUCCCUGGUCAAAGACAUCCUUUAAUGAACACAUUUGUCUGAGAGUUAGAUUCUGUAGAACCGACUGCCUGGUCAAAGACAUCCUUUAAUGAACACAUUUGUCUGAGAGUUAGAUUCUGUAGAACCGACUCCCUGGUCAAAGACAUCCUUUAAUGAACACAUUUGUCUGAGAGUUAGAUUCUGUAGAACCGACUCCCUGGUCAAAGACAUCCUUUAAUGAACACAUUUGUCUGAGAGUUAGAUUCUGUAGAACCGACUGCCUGGUCAAAGACAUCCUUUAAUGAACACAUUUGUCUGAGAGUUAGAUUCUGUAGAACCGACUGCCUGGUCAAAGACAUCCUUUAAUGGACACAUUUGUCUGCCGUUUGGAACGUUGGCUCAUUAAUUGAUGCUCAUCACUGAGGUCGGGGUCCAUGGAAAUUAAAAUCAUGAAUUCAACCUAAUUCUUUCUAUUCCAGCCUCAUGAAUAUCUGUUGUUGCUAUAGAGACUGCUCUGUGUAUGAUAAAGCAUGUCUCUAUAGAUAUUGUGAUAUAGAAAUCUCCUGUAACUGACUAUAGAUAUUGUGAUAUAGAAAUCUCCUGUAACUGACUAUAGAUAUUGUGGUAUAGAAAUCUCCUGUAACUGACUAUAGAUAUUGUGAUAUAGAAAUAUCCUGUAACUGACUAUAGAUAUUGUGAUAUAGAAAUAUCCUGUAACUGACUAUAGAUAUUGUGAUAUAGAAAUCUCCUGUAACUGACUAUAGAUAUUGUGAUAUAGAAAUCUCCUGUAACUGACUAUAGAUAUUGUGGUAUAGAAAUCUCCUGUAACUGACUAUAGAUAUUGUGGUAUAGAAAAUGACUAUAGUUGACUGAUUCCACAUGUUUUUGUUACACCCUGAAUUUAAGGUGGAUUCAAUUAAAAUACAUUCUCACCCAUCUACACACAAUACCCCACAAUGACAUCACAAUACCCCAUAAUGACAUCACAAUACCCCACAAUGACAUCACAGUACCCCACAAUGACAUCACAGUACCCCAUAAUGACAUCACAAUAACCCAUAAUGACAUCACAAUACCCCAUAAUGACAACACAUUGUUGUUGAUCUGUUGAUUUGGGGACUGAAAAGACCCCUGGUGUCAUGUCUGGUGGGGUAAGUGUGUGUAUCAGUGCUGUGUGUAAGUUGAUUAUGCAAACAAUUUCCAACACACUGUUUCUUAUAAAAACCA